AUGCGAUGGGUCUGUUUGAUUCUCGCGCACGGGCUGAGCGCUAGAAUAGUAAGAAGAGAGUCAGAGAAAAAAUUGUCAGAUAUUGUCACUGGACUUGGCGAUGGAUUCAUUGACUUUAUUUGGGACGAGAAUAUUGAAGGCUACCCGGAAACUUUCAAAGAAAAGGCUGCAAUAGAAGAAGUCGAUAUUUUUGCGAAAAAACCUCCAACAACAUCGACCACUACCACAAGUACUACCACAACAACCACCAACCCGACGAAGACAACAACGAUUGCCUCAGGAAAAGACCCAUCCUCUUCCUCGCCGUCAACAUCGACAACAACGACUUCGACCAGUACUAGUAGUUCUAGUUCAAGCGCAAUUGGUAGAAUUUACGUGUUAAAUACAACUGAAACAGCUGAAAUUGAAAAAAGCCAGACAACAAUCUCUGAAGAACUCGAAAUUUUGAUUGCAGAUGAAAAUAAUACCACUUCAUCAUCCCCCGAGGAGAUUCCUGUUGUUCAAAAUUCAACAACAAAAGAAACCUUUCCUGAAGCCACGACCGUUCAAACUGAAGAAGUUGAAUCAAGCGAAGAUAAUUUCUCGACGACCCAGAAAGCGGAGGAAACUGAGAAAACCACUUUUGAAGAAGAAAAAGUUGAAAAAACUACUCAAGGAAAUACGCUAAUUGAAUUUUUCGAUACAACACAAGAAAAAGAAGAAAUCGAAUCCACAACCAAAUCAACACUUGAAGAGAAUAUUGACACAACACAAGCCUCUAUCAUCGAAACGACUCAAGCUGAAGAGAUCGUGAGAACAACUGCGCCUGAAAUCUUUAUUCCCGAUUUUGAAAUCGAAGAAACAACGACUGAAAUUUUGGAGACAACAACGACCAAUCCAAAGAUUAUCAUCAUCGAAGACACUCACGAUUCUACAACAACGACGACUACAACCAAAUCCUCUACCCAGAGCAAAAAGUCGAAGUCUGACGAAAAAAGCGAAGAUGAUGAGAAAGAGGAGGAAGGUCCCAAAAAGAAAAGAUAUUCAAUGAUGCUGUUUCUACUGUUCAUCCUCUUUUUCGUGUAG